AUGAAUUUUACUCGUGAAAAUUUUCGUGCGAUAAUUUACUACGACUUUGGAUUGGGUGUAUCUCAACAACAGUGUUAUUAUCAACUUCAUUUGGUCUUUGGCGAUGAAGCUCCAUGCAAGGCCACUGUAUAUCACUGGUUUACUGAAUUCAAUCGUGGUCGUCAUUCGCUCAUCGACGAAUUCCGUGAAGGUCGUCCAAAAUCGGUUGUUGUUCCAGAAACUAUCGAUGCUGUCAGAAACAUUAUAAAGCAAGAUCGUCAUGUCACAUACCGUGAGAUUGAGGCAUCCUUGGGCAUUAGUAUGAGAAGCAUACACACGAUUUUGCAUGAACAUUUGGCCGUAAAAAAGAUUUGCUCUCGUUGGAUUCCACAUAAAUUGACCGAUGACCAAAAAUUAGCUCGUGUGAAUUGGUGCAAAGAAAUGCUCAACAAAUAUAACCGCGGUGCAUCAUAUUCCGUCUAUAACAUCGUCACAGGUGACGAAUCGUGGAUAUAUGCGUAUGAGCCCGAAACUAAACAGCAGUCGACAGUAUGGGUCUUCCAAAGUGAAGAUAAUCCAACGAAAGUUGUUCGCGCUCGAAGUGUUGCGAAGCAAAUGGUCGCCUGUUUUUUCGCAAUUAGUGGACAUGUGGCAACAGUUCCACUAGAGGAUCGUAAAACAGUCAAUUCUGACUGGUACACCACCAUUUUUUUGCCAGAAGUGUUUGGUGAAUUAAGAAAAAAUAACCACCGUCGCAGAAUAAUUCUUCAUCAUGAUAAUGCGAGCUCUCACAAAUCUCAUCACACAACUGAAUAUUUGACCGCUCAAAAGAUCGAAUUAAUGGGUCAUCCACCGUACAGUCCUGAUUUAGCACCCAACGAUUUCUUUCUGUUUCCGAGCGUAAAGAAAAAACUGCAUGGUCAACGAUUUUCGACGCCAGAAGAAGCAGUUGAUGCGUUCAAAACACACGUUUUGGAGAUAUCGGUUUCGGAGUGGCAUGAAUGCUACGGCAAGUGGUUCGAGCGUAUGCAAAAGUAUAUCGACCAUCAUGGCGAAUACUUUGAAAAACAAUAAAGCCAUUUUUGAUAAAAAACGAUUGCGUUGUAUAUGCUUUUCUAGAAAUAUAUGGAGCAGCCUACGUACAUUCUUCGAUUUUUGGUAGGAAAAAUCGAAAAAAAUCGAAACUUUUGAGUGAAUCGCUUGAAACUCCACCACUAGGUAUUGGUUGAUAAAUGGUGAUUACUCUUCAUUUAUGAUUAAUGUGAUUAAGAAGGUGUUGGCACAAAGGGAUCCAUCAUGAAAUCGAGAUAUCUCUUGCGCUACCUACUGGUAUUACGAAAAUCCAAAAU